AUGCGUGCCAUAACGGUUCAUUGUCUUCAAAUUAGAAGAGCCGUCAUCCUUGAUCAGUUCAAAACAACCGCAGCUGAAACCCUGGAAGAACUGGAAUGGUGCUUGGAAAGGUUGGAGAAUAUCCAGACACAUCGAUCGGUCAGUGAUAUGGCCUCAAGUAAAUUCAAAAAGAUGCUGAACAAAGAACUGAGUCAGUUCACUGAUGGCGGACGAAAUGCCAAACAAAUCUCCGAGUACAUCUGCUCCACAUUCCUCGACUCGAAAGAAGUCGAGGCCGGGUCCGGUCCGGACGGCACGUGCGAAGCCGAGCAUGGAUACCUGACCACACCGACACCAAACGAUGACCACGCCGGGGUCAGAACCGGCGGUAAAUCGGUCACGGCUGAGCAGAACUUCACCUAUUCCGGGCCCGAAAAAGUUUCCUCAGACGUGUCCGGUAAGGACGAAACAGACUCGACCGAGGACGGACAGAAAAGUGGAGGCAAACCCGUAAUAGAUGCGGAAAAAAUAAUCAAGCCGUUCGGGGUUGUGUCCAACUAUCCGAAACAAUUGGAAACGGUAAGAAUUUACUUUACCUCCAUGGUGUGGGUCCCAAUAAAAUUCAGAUUUUUAACUUUGCAUCGGUGUUGCUCACACUCAACUUCAGUGUAUAUCACGGAUUAUUUGCAUCACAUGCCAAACAUUUAUUCUCAAAAGGUACUUUUUUGUUUGGGCGAAAAGGAUCCUAGUGAAAGACGUUGGAAGUUGAUUCACGAUUUCAAUUUUGAUCACAUCAAAGCCUCGCAAUCACUGGAAGAGACGAAUCUCACGGUGACAAUAAACUGCCAUGCUCUAAUUACAGGAAAUAACUCCUGA